AUGGAAACCCCCAUUGGCCAGCAGCAGUAUCCGCCCCCUCCCCCCUAUCCCCAGCAGUGGGUCGUCCAAGGCACUGUCGUUGUGGUGGAGAAGCCGCCGCGCGAUUACGUGCUCCUGUCGCUCUUCAACACCAUCUUCCUGAACACCUUCUGCUUUGGCUUCGUGGCCCUCAUUUACUCCAUCAAGGCCAGGGACUGCAAAGUGGUGCGCGACCUCGAAGGGGCCACCCGCCACGGCAAGACCGCCAAGAUCAUCAACCUCGUGUGCAUAGCCGUUGGCAUCGUCGUCACCAUCACCAUGAUCAUCCUGUCCACCACCGUGGCAAAGAACACCCUUGAGAAAUGGAACUUGAUGGAGCGCUCCCUCAACCAACUGAAAUCGUACCACCGGCACAACUAA